UAAGAAAUAAUAAACGGAAACGACGGAAUCUGAUGAAUAGUUUGGUGUUUUUAUAUGUCUUGUAUAUGCUGUUUCACCUACGAAAUGAACCAGCCAAAGUCCUGUGCACCUGAAAGAACUCGAGACAAAUGGGAUGAUUCAUGCUGGAAUUGGGGAAACCCAAUUAAACAAUCUGCUAGCAGCAAUGAAUUUACAUUGUAUAAACUCCAAGACCCUGAAGGACAGAGAAAUUGAGAUUGGUGAGGUGAUGGAAUGUAGUGCAGAGGCCUCAGAAAGGAAAUUUUUGUUAGAGGAAGCUGUUGAAGCUAUUUUACUUAAUGAAGAUAGUCAACAACAAGAAGGUAUACAUGCAUCAACAGACACAUGCUGGCAAAAAAAGUGUUCUGGAAGAGCAUAUAAUAGUUUAUCAGGAGUAGCAUCACUUAUUGGACAGAAGACUGGGAAAGUUCUGCAUCAUACCAUGAGAUCUGGGGAUUGCAGAGUAUGCAGCAUAGCAAACAGAAAAGGAGAAGUACCCAGAAAACAUAAGUGCUCUAAAAACUGGACUGGAUCAGCAAAAGCAAUGGAGCUUGACAUGGUUGUCCAGAUGAUCCGUGAUUUGAAGGAACAAAAUGUCCCAAUAUCAGAACUUGCUGGGGAUGACGAUUCAACUGGAUACAACAGAGCCAUUAAGGAAAUGCCGGAUCUUCAUAUGGAGAAAACUAGUGAUCGCAAUCAUGUAACCAAAAAUAUCGUCAACAAAUUAUACAGCAUGAAGCCAAAGCAUAAGGAAUUAUCUGUAAUGGUGAUAAAUGCUUUUACCAGAAACUUUGCCUACAUGGUUGACCAAAAUAAGGGAAAUCAAACUGGAAUAGAAAAUGGGUUAAGGGCGUCGAUUGAUCACAUUUUUGGUGAACAUGCACACUGUGUGCAAAGUUGGUGUGGCUACUUAAAAGACAAAACUACCUACAAACAUUCAAGCCUUCCACAUGGCAAAGAUUUAAAAUCUUUGGACUUGAAGUCUGAUCUUGAAAAACUGUUCUUGGAUAAAUUGGUGCCAAACUCAAAGAAACUGGCAAAUCUAGCAAGUUCUCAAGCUAAUGAGAGUUUGAAUAUGACCAUAGCUACUAAAGCACCAAAAUACAAACAUUACUCUGCCUCAUCCAGCUUAAGCUACAGAGUUAGUUCAGCAGUUCUACAGAAAAAUGAAGGCUAUAGCUAUGUGUCUGAGGUACAUGAAUCAUCUGGAUUAUCACCUGGUACUGAAACAUUGAAGAGAUCAUUGAAAUUAAACAGAAAGAGAGACAGAAAGUCAACUGUUUCGAAGACAAGAGAGGGAAAAAAACAACGUCUGCUUCUGAAGAAGAAAGAAGUUCCAAGAAUUCUGGAAUGGAAGUCAGAGAAGGAAAAACUUACGAAAGUGAAAUAGUACUGGAACAUCCAGAUCAAGAAGAAAUUCCUGAAGUUAUGGAAAUAGACAAAUUUGACAAAGAAGCAAUUACAGUUGCACCUUUGUUGGUGUUUGACUUAGAAACCACAGGCCUU